AUGUCAUACAAUCCUUAUGGUUACGGAGGUAAUGAUUCACAGGCAAACGGCGCAGGUUUUGCUGGUAAUGCACAGUUUCAACAACAACAACAACAACAGCAACAACAACAGUUUCAAGGUAGAGGUGGAUUUGUGAAUCAUCAACAAGGUCCAGAUAUGAGCCAGGGUGCUCAACAGAAUGGUGGUGCUGGAGCUGAAGGUUAUGGUUUUCAAGACCCUCGUCAAUCUAUGGCUUUCCAACUAGGUCAAAGUGCAUUUUCUAAUUUUAUUGGACAACAAAAUUUCAGUCAAUUUCAAGAAACUGUGUCGAAAGCAGCUUCUGGAUCAUCUUCAGUUUCUCAUUAUUUCCAAGUUUCUACUUCUUAUGUUCUUCAGAAGAUUUUGUUAGUCUUGUUCCCAUUUAUGAACAAAAACAAUUGGCAACGUAUACCUGAAAGCCAAUCAAGCGGUGCUGGAACCGUUUCAUUCAUGCCUCCAAAGGAUGACAUUAACUCCCCUGAUAUGUAUAUCCCUGUAAUGGGGUUGGUUACUUACAUUUUGAUAUGGAACACUCAACAAGGUUUAAGUGGUUCCUUCAAUCCUGAAAAUUUAUAUUAUAAAUUAUCAUCAACAGUAGCCUUCCUUGCAUUAGAUUUAAUCAUUUUAAAAUUGGGAUUGUACUUACUAGUUUCAACUAAUUCUCCCACCACUUCAAUAACAGAGUUGCUAUGUUAUGUAGGCUACAAAUUCGUGCCUUUGACUUUGGUCUUAUUCGUCCCAGCUUUGCCAUUUUAUCUGUCAUUGAUUCUUAAAGUUUAUUUGUUCAUCGCAUUUGGUGUUUUCUUAUUAAGAGCUGUCAAAUUCAAUAUGUUCAGUAACCCAAACGAUGACAUGGUCAAUAUCAAGAAAUCUACAGUUAAGAAAUGCAAUUAUUUCUUGUUUUUCUACGGUUUCGUCUGGCAAUCUGUAUUGAUGUGGCUGAUAAGUUAA